AUGUCGUCUCUUCUGAGGGAGGAGAUGCAGAGAGUUUUAUUCCGACCUUCAAAACAGUCACUGGUGGAGUAUAUUGAGAUUGAAGAGCCAACACACGGAAGACAUUUUCUUUGUGUCUCAGUUGCUAAAAAUAAAUUAGUGCAGUUAUGUAUAGUGCGAUGUCAGAUAUCUCAGACGGCCAUGAAAUCUGGAUCCAAAGGGUCCCACACCGAACGCUCCAGCAUACAGGAGUGCUACAGGAAGGCGGAGGUUUGGUCCCUGCAGGACCUGAUUCUUGUUGACGGACGCGAUGCUGAUGUGGAUGACCCCUGUUUCCUGCUGCACUUUGACAAGGUCCGUACAGUGACGGCCGUCAGCUGCUCGGCCAAAUACUCGUUUGUGCGUGCCCUGUUUGCUCUCAGCGAACAGCACUGCCAGAAGCCACUAAACCUGCGGAACUUUGACUGGGCCUACAUCACGCCCACCUCCUUCUACUCUAACAGAGGAGACUGUGUUGUGCUAACACAGAUUUGCUUCUAUGCUGUCAAUUUGGUUUGUCUGUCCAUGUGUCCCGUGCCUCUGGAUGCAUAA